GUGCACGGCGCCCACGUGGUGACACAAAUACGCUUUAAUAAAUCGUAUUUAUUUUUAAUAUGCGUCAUUGCGUAAGCGGAAUCGCAGAUAGGUGUCGUUAAUAAAUUACUCGUGUUUUAUUGCAGAUUCAAACUGGAGCGACGCAUAUUAGCAUGGGUUACACACCACGUGUUCCUCCUAUGGAUCAAAUCGCUUCUCGUAACGUUCGGUUACUGGACUAAAGAACCGAUCGACAUCACAUUAAACUGCGGAUAUAACCCUAACCAUCGGGUCAAAAAACACAAACACGAGGGUGGGGGAGUUUAUUGAAACGUACGUCAGAGAAAGUAAGUACCUCCUCAGUGUGAUCCAAGACUUUCUAUAAAGCCUUGACUGCUCCGAGACCACAGACAGAACCACACGCAACCUGCUACAACCCCAACCUGCAUACUGUAUAAAGUUCAUGUCAAUGAUGCAAAGAUCAGUGACCGGAUGCUUGGUUCUGGUGUGUAUUGUUGCCCUGCUGGCCGAGCAGGCCGAGGGUCACAUCACAUUCUUCAGCCCAAAAGAGAUGAGAGAGCUCAGGGAGAAGGAAGGCAAGAAGGAUGCUGAACUUCGGGCAGAGAGCAGUUUGAUUGAUGAACUGUCUGAAGUAAAGGAUGGAGGAGAGACCGUGGGUCAACAUGUUGAAAUUGGAUUGAAACUCACUGCUAAAAAGGGCCACAUUGGGUCUGCUGUCGGUAAGAUGCUGCAGAACAUCUUAGAGGAACCAAAGGCCGAGAAAUAAGGCAUUUUAAUGCACUUUGAAUGACAAUUGCAGCCUGACGAUUUGCCACGAUUGCAAGCACAAAUGGUUUAUUUACUAAUGUAAAGACAAUCGCAAUAAAAUUAAAUUGCAUGCAAAUGUAGUUUCCUGUCAUCCAUUUUGUCAACUUUACAUCAGUACAGCAGUUGAAUCUGAAUUUAAGCUUAUAACAGCAUGUUAACCAGCAG